GUUUCUUCUCAGAGUCCGGGAUCGGCGGCAGCGGCGGCGACGGCGGCGACGGCGGCGCAGGGCGUUUUAACUCAAAUGGGUGAUGAAAAAGACUCUUGGAAAGUGAAAACAUUAGAUGAAAUUCUCCAGGAAAAGAAACGAAGGAAAGAACAAGAGGAGAAAGCAGAGAUAAAACGCUUAAAAAAUUCUGAUGACCGGGAUUCCAAAAGAGAUUCCCUUGAGGAGGGGGAGCUGAGGGAUCACCGAAUGGAAAUCACUAUCAGGAACUCCCCGUACAGAAGAGAGGAUUCUAUGGAAGACAGAGGAGAGGAAGAUGAUUCUCUGGCCAUUAAACCACCCCAGCAAAUGUCUCGGAAAGAAAAAGCCCAUCACAGAAAAGACGAGAAGAGAAAAGAGAAGCGUAGACAUCGUAGCCAUUCAGCCGAGGGAGGAAAGCACGCCAGAGUGAAAGAGAAAGAACGAGAACAUGAACGUCGGAAACGCCAUCGAGAAGAACAGGAUAAAGCUCGCAGGGAAUGGGAAAGACAGAAGAGGAGGGAAAUGGCAAGAGAACAUUCCAGGAGAGAAAGGGACCGCCUGGAACAGUUAGAAAGGAAGAGGGAGCGGGAGCACAAGAUGAGGGAGCAACAGAAGGAACAGUGGGAACAGAAGGAGCGGGAACGGAGGGCAGAAGAGCGGCGCAAAGAGAGAGAAGCGCGUAGGGAAGUCCCUGCACACCACCGCACCGAGAGGGAGGACUACAGUGCUAAGGAAAAGGUUGGCCACUGGAGCCGCAGCCCUCUGCGGCCACCGCGAGAGCUCUUUGAGAUGGGAGACAACCGUAAGCCAGUGAAAGAAGAGAAUAUGGAAGAAGGAGACCUUCUGUCAGACCUGCAGGACAUCAGCGACAGCGAAAGGAAAACCAACUCGGCCGAAUCGUCAUCAGCAGAAUCAGGCUCAGGUUCUGAGGAAGGGGAGGAGGAAGAGGAGGAGGAAGAAGAGGAAGAAGGGAGCACCAGUGAAGAAUCAGAGGAAGAAGAGGAGGAAGACGAGGAGGAGGAAGAGGAGACUGGGAGCAGCUCUGAGGAAGCCUCAGAGCAGUCUGCAGAAGAAGUGAGUGAGGACGAAGACAGAGAAAGUGAGAACCACAUCUUGGUUGUUCCAGAGUCACGAUUUGACAGAGAUUCUGGGGACAGUGAAGAAGGGGAAGAAGAAGUGGGCAAGGGGACCCCACAGAGCAGCGCCCCAACGGAAGGAGACUAUGUGCCUGACUCCCCAGCCCUGUCGCCCAUUGAACUAAAACAAGAGCUGCCCAAGUACCUGCCGGCCCUGCAGGGCUGCCGGAGUGUAGAGGAGUUCCAGUGCCUGAACAGGAUUGAAGAAGGCACCUAUGGAGUAGUCUACAGAGCAAAGGACAAGAAAACAGAUGAAAUCGUGGCUCUGAAGCGGUUAAAGAUGGAGAAGGAGAAGGAAGGCUUCCCAAUCACUUCGCUGAGGGAGAUCAACACCAUCCUCAAGGCCCAGCACCCCAAUAUCGUCACUGUCAGAGAAAUCGUUGUGGGAAGCAACAUGGAUAAGAUCUACAUCGUGAUGAACUAUGUUGAACAUGACCUCAAGAGCCUAAUGGACACUAUGAAGCAGCCCUUCCUGCCAGGGGAGGUGAAGACCCUGAUGAUCCAACUGCUGAGUGGGGUGAAAUACCUCCACGACAACUGGAUCCUGCACCGUGACCUUAAGACCUCCAACCUUCUGCUGAGCCAUGCUGGCAUUCUCAAGGUGGGUGACUUUGGGCUUGCUCGGGAGUAUGGCUCACCCCUGAAGGCCUACACUCCAGUGGUCGUCACCCGGUGGUAUCGCGCCCCAGAACUGCUGCUCGGUGCUAAGGAGUACUCUACGGCUGUGGACAUGUGGUCAGUGGGCUGCAUCUUUGGAGAGCUGCUGACACAGAAGCCUCUGUUUCCUGGGAAGUCAGACAUCGACCAGAUCAACAAGGUUUUCAAGGACCUGGGAACUCCCAGCGAGAAAAUCUGGCCAGGCUAUAAUGACCUCCCAGCAGUCAAGAAGAUGACCUUCAGCGAGUAUCCCUAUAACAACCUCCGCAAGCGAUUUGGGGCUUUGUUAUCAGAUCAGGGCUUUGAUCUCAUGAACAAGUUCCUGACCUACUACCCUGGGAGGAGGAUCAGUGCAGAAGACGGCCUGAAACACGAGUAUUUCCGAGAGACCCCCCUCCCCAUUGACCCGUCCAUGUUCCCCACAUGGCCCGCCAAGAGUGAGCAGCAGAGGGUGAAGAGAGGCACCAGUCCACGGCCCCCUGAGGGCGGCCUGGGCUACAGCCAGCUGGGUGAUGACGACCUGAAGGAGACGGGCUUCCACCUCACCACCACCAACCAGGGAGCUUCAGCUGCUGGCCCUGGCUUCAGUCUCAAGUUCUGAGUCAGAUUGACUGACCUUGGCCAGCUAGAUUGGUGACAGGCAGACAUGAAUCAGGGCAACUUCUUUCUUCCUUUUUUUUUUUUUAUGUUGUUUGUUUUGGGGUGGGCUGAAAAUUUGUAGAAUUAAAUCACAUUUUUCCUUCUGGAAAGGAAAGAGUUUUCAGAGUUGUCUAACUUGCCUCGUGAAAAAGGGUGAGCAUCUGGAGGCGCCAGAGUAGAUGGUCCACCCCUCCGCGUAGUGAGGCCGGUCUGGAGCGAGCUGGCGUUGUCUGCUUGUCGGUCUGGGAGGCUGGUGGCUUGUGUGCGAUGCGUGAGGCGGCCUGCAUCUCGCUGGAGUAACUAAGCCAGACCCAUCCACCACAAGCUUUGGCUCUCAGAACCAGGUGUGGGACAACUUUAGCCACAGUGGGUUUUUAUAUAUGAGGUUGUUAGAUGUUUUAAGUAGUAAACUAUUCUUGGAGGAAAAAAAACAAGUUGAAUAUUUUUAUUUUAAGUUAGAUUAUAAUUUGUCUUAAGGAAAAUAUACAUAUUUUAAGUGUACAGCUUGAAUUUGGUUCCGAAUUUCCAUCUGUGUGAAGCUAAAAAUAAACCCCACCAGUUUCUUGGAGGGACCCAGGAUUUUCUCAGUGCUAACUUCCUGAGUUAUCACAAAGCUAUUUGCUUGCACAUCUGAAGUAAAAGUUGAGGUCCUGCCAUAGAGGUGCCAGUUUUAGUCGUAGUGAAGGGCUAUAGGGGGCUCAGUAACAAUAUGUAUCCAGCAAGAAAAUCUAGAGUAUGUUUCUUAGUUAGGGUUUCUAUUGCUGUGAAGACACACAGUGGCCACAGCAAGUCGUAUAAAGGAAAACAUUUAAUUGGUGUGGCUUACAGUUUUAGAGGUUUAGUUUACUGUCACAGUGCAACAUGGUGGCAUGCAGGCAGGCAUGGUGCUGGAGAAGUAGCUGAGAGUCCUACAUCUUGACUUGCAGAAAGUGGUCUGAGACUGUGUCUUGGGUAUAUGUGAGCUCUCAAAGUCCACCUCCACAGUGACACACCUUUUCCAACAGGACCACAGUUACUACACAAGGCCACACCUUAUAAUAUUAUCACUCCCUUUGGGGAUUAUUUUCUUUUAAACCACCAAAGUGUGUCAGUAAAUUAUCAUUCUUUCCAUCCAUGUGCUUACGUAUAUAUAUUAUUAUAUCUGUAGUUUCUUUGAAUGUAUUUCUUGUUUAAAAUAUUUGUUUGGGCUCUUGAGUAAACAUAUGUGUAGGUGGAAAUUUCUGUCCCUCAAGUCACUUCCAAGUAGCCACACAGAGGCUUAAUAAUAAUUAUAAAUGCUUGGCCAAUAACUCAGGCUUGUUACUAGCUAACUCUUACAACUUAAAUUAACCCAUAUUUCUCAUCUAAGUUCUACCACAUGAUUCAUGGCUUGUUACCUCAUUUUCUAACCACUCUGCUUCCUCUGUGUAUGGCUGGUGACUCUCUGACUUCCUCCUUCUUCCCAGAAUUCUCUAGUCUGGCUCUCCUGCCCAGUCUCUCCUGCCCAGCUAUAGACCAUUAUUAACCAAUGAGAGUAAUGCAUAUUUACAUUGUACAAAGAUGUUCCACAGCAUAUAUGUGCAUGUGAUGGUCAGAAGACAGUUUGGGGGUGUGGUUCUCUUACACCAUGUGAGUCACAUUUGUUCAGGUUGUGGAUUGAACUUCGAUUUUUCAGUCUUGGCACUCUAUCUCACUAGCUCCUGAAUGUAUUUCAUGAUAAGAACUGAUCAAUUAAAGGCCUCAAGUAACAAUAUUUUAGAGUUAUUUACUAAGGUGGAUCUGUUGCUUAAGAAACAAGCAGGUGGUUAAUAUUGACUCCUUGUUUGAAAGUUUAAGACUUAAAAUGAUUUCUGUUUUGUUUAUGAUGCUUUGAAUUGAUCUCAGGCUUCCCACCCUUCCUUCUAAUUCCAGAGCUCAUGCUGCUGGCCUAUGUCUCUACUAUGUUCUUAGCCUGUAGACUCAGCUUUUGACCUUCAGGCAUGCUGACUGCACUCGCGCUGACCUUUCUUUCCCUCUUUCCUUCCCUCUUCCUGGCUUCUUUUCUGCUUUUAUUUUGGGGGAUGGAUGGACAGGGUCUUACUUUAUAGUUGAAGCCUAAACUGACCUGAAGCUCUCAGCAGUCCUCCACCCUGACCUCAGAGCUGGGAUUGUGGGAGUGAGCACACCUGGCCUGGCAAGGUUGUUCCCAUAGUCAGGGGAAAGUGGGUCACCUGAGAACCUACGUUAGUCCAGUUGUUUUUUUAAGGGACAAUUUAUCUGAAUCAGUGCCUGGAAAAGAAUCAGUCAAGUCCUUAAAAUUCUUGACACCAUACUGAGGCCUCUGUACUUUAAGCUGCAAAGUUUAAAGUAAAUGUUUCCAUGUGGCCACCUUGGCUGUAGAAACCUAUAUGUGAUGAGAAUCUGGUUUGAGCUGUGUGAACUCAUACAGAAAGGAGAUGAAUGGGAGAGGUAAUUUUCCCUUCACGUUACCUUGUUUUUGUGCUACUUUGAUCUGGUGUACUUUAGAAAACGCCAUGUCAUUGCUGCUCAUCUUUUGGUGUAGCUUUGUCCUCAGAAACUCUUUGUAAGUAAGAACUCUAUGUAAUUUGCCCAGCUUCCUGGGUACCACAGCAAGAGCACACUGUUGAGUAUGGAUCAUCUACCCCUGAGGAUCAGCUGACGGCAGCUGCCUAUUGUCGUUACCCUGUAUUGCUAUUCAAAUUUGAGGCUGCUACCAAAAAGACUCUUACACCAGAAAAACAGAAAAAAGAGAAACAAAACCUUCAUGCCCUGAUGUUUACUGGAGUUUAUCAUAAAGUAGUCUGUCUUCAGAGAUGCUCUUUCUCCCUUGAGGCUCUGGGCAACAUUUUUUUGUUUGUUUGUUUGUUUGUUUGUUUGUUUGCUAGUUACCUCCAGAUCCUCGUACUUAAAGAAUUUGGAGAUGUAUUCAGAGUCUAGAAAAUAGAAUCUUUUUCUUAUCUUUGAAUCUCUGGGCAUAAGAAUUCCUUGAAUUUAGCAUCAAAUAUUGAAAUCAUUCCCAAUUUUGCCACUUGAUGUUCCACAGGGGAAGGUUUAGCAAAUGCUUGCUUGACAUAUACAAGGCUGGGCAAGUCAGGUCCUGUGCCCAGCAGAGCACACACAGCCAACAAUGGCAGUACACAAAGAAUGUCAGGCUCACUGGAUGACUGGUUAGCAUUUGUGCUCGAGGUGGCCAGAUCUGUGAUUGCAAAUGAUUGGCAACUGACUGCUAAAGUUGGGGGUGUCUUUCUGUUCUCAGCUCCAGAAAAAAGUGCCAGAGAAAGUACAGCCUGGUGUUAUGUCAUGUGGCUGUUACUGCUAGCACCAGGAUGGCUGAGAUUACAAGAUGGAAAAUUUGGGGCCCAUCUCUGAAAGGUUAGGGGGAAGGAGGAGUAAAAAUAUAUGUGCUCAACAAUCUUAAAGCUAAUAUAUUUCAGAAUAUCUUCUAUAAUUGUUCUCUCUCUGUUUCUCUCUCACCACCACUGCCCCCUCAGAAUGGACAAGUUUAAGUGGGUUCACUAGUCUAAAUGAAAAGCUACACCUAGACAGUUCAGUUUGGUUUUGUUGAAUGGUUAGGAAUGGUAAUAGUGUUUGGACUAGAUACUGUAAGCCAUACAAAGAGCGACAGUACUUUGUGUGCAGAGAGCUGUUUUGUGGUUGUCAGGAUGGAUUCGUACAAGUGUUCUUGUACUGAUGGACUCUGUUGAACAUCACAUCUUUGUAGUAUUGUGGCUCAUGCCUGCAGGGUACUAAGUAAUCCAAUAACAAAGAUUAGAAAACUCUGGGUCAUAUUUUAAAGGUUUAUUUUUUAUUUUUAAUUGUACGUGUGUGUAUAUAUAUAACCAUGUACACAUGAGUGCAGAUGCCCUUGGAGACCAAAGUUGGAUCCCCAUGGAGCUGGAAUUACAGACAACAGACGGUUGUAAGGUACCUGAUGAGGAUUCUGGGAACCAAUCUUGGAUCUGUCUUUGAAUAAGGUGUGUAACCGAGGAAGUCAGGAAUAAUUGAGAAGAAACCCAGGGACAAUAGACAGAUUUACAGGUGGUGCUAAGGGACACAAUGUCUACCAGUUGUAGUAGGUGAGUGCCUGUGUCACAGCUGCCUCCACACACCCAGCAAUCUCUCGAGCAGUGCUUCCCAACCUUCCUGACGCUGCCACCCUUUAGAGCAGCUCCUCAUGCUGGGCUCACCCCCAACCAUUAAAUUAUUUUUGUUGGUACUUUAUAACUGUAAGUUUGCUGCUGUUAUGAAUUGUUACAUAAAUACUUUUGGAUACAGAGGUUUGCCAAACGGGGCAAGACCCACAGGUUGAGAACCACUGCUCUAGAAUAUUAAGAUGUUUCCAUUGUUAAGAUCAUGAAGUUCCAUAGUUUUAUUUUAAAAUGAGGACCUGUCCCUAUAUUGGAUAUGUCUCUGAUAUCAAACACUGUUCCCUGAUGUUAUUUCACUUGUAGUUUAGAAACUAGCUCUGCAUAGUCUCCCCUUCGCUGUCCAGCUGGGCUUGUUAUUGAAGGUUGAGGUUCAGGAAUUUAGUGGCUCUAAUCUGGGACUCUGGUCCACUGAGAACUUCCCUGAUACUUCCUAGCUCUGUGGUUGCUGCAGCUGACUCCACAUGCUAGCCCAGCUCUGCCUGGUUCUUUACAGCUCCUUGAUGGCAUCUAACUCUUACCGGAGCUAGGCAGACUCUGAGAAACCUUGAGAAUCUGGGGCCUUUCCCUGAGAACACACCCCACAUAGUACCUGUUGUUUAUUUAUGUAUUUGCAUAUUUAGCUUUCCAGAAUAGCUACCUGCUGCCCUCUUCUGGUUUCGUAUUAGGUUGCCCUUAAGCCAAUUAUGUUUUAUAAUCUCUAGAAUUCCAUUGGUGUCUUGGAGAGACCAGUGGUUUCCAAGCAUGACUUGCUUGUGAGAAUCUUUUAGUUUUUCUUUUGAACAUAGUUUUCCACUUUUAGAGAUUCUUAUUUAAUUAAAUUUGGGGAAGAAGGCUGGUUAUUAGUAUAUUUAAAACAAAACACUUGAGUGAUAAGAACCUCCAGCCAGUGAUUAAAAUCUAUCCAUAAGAUAGGUAGUCUUUGGGUGCCUGGAGGACUUGUGCUGCUUAGCUAUAGUCCUCACACUUGAAAAUACUACGGACAAAAAGGAAAAAGAUGAGGUGUAUGGGGGACUCCACCUUCUUCAGGAGGGAAUAUAGCUUAGGCAGAAAGAAAGGCCCACAUGGUUCCUGCCAACUUGGGUCAUGGCAUAUGCGCUUGCCUGUGCUGGUUUGACACCCACUGGAACUCUCAACAGUAUUUAUAGUAGUCAGGACUGAGGGAAGUUGACUCUAAUUUUAUGGAGUCUUGACCCUUUAUUUUUUGUGUUUUGAAGUGUAUAAAUCACUCAUGCCAACAUCUUCCUUCUUGGACUGUGAUAGAGUGGGAACAGUGGCCCAUCCUCCCAGUCCACCAGAUGAAGGGAUGGUCUUUGCUGAAAAGUAGAGGAUGGAGAUUUUAAUGUGUUGGGAAGAACAAAUAAAGUGGUCCAGUGCCCCCUAAUCGAGUCUUUGGGUACUGACAUGAGCUUUGGGUUUCAGUAGAAUUUGGGUGCACAUAUGCAUAAUCAAGCAGUUGUUGCUAGAGUAUGGUCUAGUUGGUAUUAGUUCUGGUUCUGCAGAGGCCCGAAGAAUCCUUUUAUUUUUCAUCACAUGAAAAGAUCAGUCUGGUUCCCACAGCGGGCUUGCUGCUGCUCCCCUGCCCUCAGAGACAAUUCCUUCCGUGUGAGAGGGUCUGUCCCAUGAGGAUGUGGUCUGCUUGGACUGCGGCUGAUUGUGUCUGUUCCUCAGCCUUGUUGAGAUGAGGAUAGGGAUGUGAUAUGUUGGUAGACACCUCUUGUGACUCUUUUGGGUGUAUAGAGUCAAGCAGGAGUCUGAUCCAGAGUCAAUGACAGAGAUGCCAGGCUUCACCUUGCCCCUUUAAAGUCCCCUUGUGGGCUCAAGUGAGAAGUUAGUGCUUUUUCACAAGAAACUUAAUGAAAUAUACGUGUGUGUGUGUAGUUUUGGAAGUUCUGGUUAAGACAGUGGUGUUUAUAGGGUUUGGGGUUAUUUAUUUCUUUUUUAUCUUUGGAUUACUUAUUUUAAUUCUCGAAUAUUUGAAGCAUAUAUGGUUCUUCUGAUCUCUUCUAUGUCUGUUGACUGUUUAGAUGCCUGCUGUACGUUUCAAAAUAAAUAAUUUUGCAUGCUAAAUUGUAAAACUUAAGAUGUCGGCAAUUAUUUGGUUAGGGCUGAUGAUGUACCUUGGUGUCGAGAGCUGCUGAACAGGCAAAGACUUUGGUUUCCUCGCAGCACCACAAACAUCAAGAGUCAUAUGUUUGGAAGUUUAAUUUCAACUUUAUUGGACCCAUUUCAUUCUCUUUCAUUUGCAUAAAGGUUAUGAAGCAAUUAUCCAGUUGAAUAAUUUAUAAACUUUUUAAACUGAAGGAAUGUAAUAAAAAUAUUUUCUUAAA